CUAUGGAAGCGGACUUCAAGAGCUGGAAAAUAACGUCAUGACGGAAAUGUCUAAUCUUAUCGAAAGAAUUGAGAAAAGAUCGGGAACAGAGUUCGAGUGUAUUUCGGUGUUUCAACGUUCGUUGUCUAAUGUUAUGUCUCUAGUAUUACGAGGAGAGACGAUCCCUGAUUCUGAUCCAGACAGCAACCUGUUCUGGGAAUAUGUUCAAACAAGCAAUUUCUUAUUAAAUCCAUACGUCAAUAUUGUGAUGUCCACAUUACCUUUCCUCCGCUUUCUACCAGGAAAAUAUAGUGAUGAGUUUAGAAAAGGGAAAAAUGCAUACUUUAAAAUAGCCCAAAAAUAUUUCUAUGACAUGAAAGUUUGUGCUUUGUAAAUUAUUGUCUUUUUAACGAA